UUUUAAAUAUAUUUAUUGAAUUUGAUUGAAGAUAUAAUUAAUAUAAAGUGCAACAAGUUUUAUUGAUAAAGAAAAUUAAAUAAUGUCUCGUCAAAAUGGAUCAGUUAUUGCUGAAUCAAGUUCAGUACGUAGUUUAUCAUCAGAUGAUGUAUCAACAACAAAAUCAAUUAAAAAAAAAUCAUGUUGGACAAGAGCAACAGAUCCAACUCACCGACGUGGUAGAAGAAUUCAAUUAAUGCAAAUGCUUAUACUGCCAUUUAUACCAAUUCUUGCAUUAAUUGUACAAACAGCAAAUACACUACAUGAUAUACUUAUUUAUCGUCAAGAAGUAUCUGAUAUCGAAACACAAGUAACAAUUGCAACUGAUCUUGGUAAAGUUGUAACACGUUUACAACUUGAACGUUCUGAAGUUGCAUUUUUUAUUUAUACAAAUGGUAGUAGAUUGAGAUUUAAUUUAACUCAAAGAUAUGUUACUACUGAUGAGACACUUAAAAAUAUGACAACAUGGCCACUUGUAUCAAUACCAAGAGAUGAAACUAAAACUGAAAUUUAUGAUGUUGUUAAUAGAGAAGCAUUUCAAGCACGUCUUGAUGAAUUCAGACAAAGAAUAAGUCCGGAGGAGAGUAAAAUAUCAGAAGUUAUGUCAUGGUACACAAGUGUAAAUGGUGCAAUGCUUGACAUACUGACCAAUCAGAUUAAAGAGACGGACAAUAGUGGUGUAUGGAGAUAUUUAAUUGCAUUUAAAAAUUUAUUGAGAAGCAUUGAAAGUAUGGGAAUAUCAUCAGUUUAUGGAAUUAAUUAUUUUGGAAGAGGUAUGCUUGUUGGUGAUAGUUAUGUUAAUUAUGUUAGACAUGAAGCACUUGGACGUGAUCUUUUAAAUGCAUCAUUAACAUAUGUACCAAGUCUUAAAAUACUUUAUGAUGAUUUAACUAAAACAAUGCCUGAAUAUGGACAUAUUAAAGCAAGGAGAGAUGAAAUUUUACGUAAUAUCAAUAGAAAACCAAGUAUUGAAGAUGCAAUUGCUUAUUUUGAUUCAAUGUCAAUGUAUGUUGGUGAAUUACGAAAAUUACAAAGAGAAUUACGACACAUGAUUAGAAAUUAUGUUAAUAGUAAUUUACAAGAUGCAAGUAAUAAACAAGCUGCUGGUAUUGCAAUUGUUGCAUUGGUACUUGUUAUAUCACCAAUAAUUAUAAUAUUGGUUCGUAAUGCAGUUGCAACAAUUCAGAUGUAUGCUGCAAAUCUUGCACAAAAAGCACGAGAAUUAAAACGUGAAAAACGUAAAAGUGAUACAUUGUUAUUUCAAAUGUUACCACCAAGUGUCGCACAGCAACUCAAACAAACGCAGCAGGUACCAGCAGAGUAUUAUGAAAAUGUAACUGUUUAUUUUAGUGAUAUUGUUGGAUUUACAGAAAUUGCUGCUGAAAAUACACCACUUGAGGUUGUAACAUUUUUAAAUUCAAUAUAUAAAUUAUUUGAUGCACGAAUUGAGUGCUAUGAUGUUUACAAAGUUGAAACAAUUGGUGAUUCUUAUAUGGUAGCAUCUGGUUUACCAGUUAAAAAUGGUGAUAAACAUGUAUCUGAAAUAGCAACAAUGGCACUUGAUUUAUUAGCAGCAUCAUCUGUAUUUCAAGUACCAAAAAGACCUGGUGAAAGAUUACAAAUACGUAGUGGUGCACAUACUGGACCAGUUGUUGCUGGUAUUGUUGGAAGUAAAAUGCCACGUUAUUGUUUAUUUGGUGAUACAGUUAAUACAGCAUCAAGAAUGGAAUCAACUGGUGAAGCAUUACGUAUUCAUAUAUCACUUGAAAUGAAAAAAGCACUUGAUGUUGUUGGUGGUUUUAAAAUUGAACAUCGUGGUCUUGUUGAUGUCAAGGGAAAAGGUUUAAUGGAUACAUAUUGGCUUGAAUGUAAAGAUGGUGGUAUUGCACGUGCUGCUGAAUUAGAUUUACCAACAUUUUUUGAAGAUGUACGUCCAGUAUUUAUGCGUCGUUUACGUGAAGAAGAUGCACUUUGAUGUGAACCAUAUUCCCGUA